GACCCACUAUUUCACAAAGAAUGGCCUAGCAUUUUCUGGAGUAAUUUCUUAUUUUUAUCUAUUUUCUUUUAUUUUCCCAAGUAAGACGUUUCAAACUUCUACGCGUCAUAAGCGUGUAAUCGUGUAUGCCCCUUUUUAUAUAUAUUUAUAUUCCUCACGUCUUCAUAAGAAGUUUUCUUCUAUAACAUCAAUUUCAUCUCCUAACCUUAAAAUAAAAAGUCAACUUUGUUCAUCUCAUCCUCUCUAUCUGGUUUCCCUCUAUCUGUUCUUAUCAAACUUUUUCAUCCUUGCGUUUGCGGAAGAUCAUAUACAAAAAUGGUUUACAAAACCUUGGAAAUCACUCUUAUUUCUGCAAAAGAUCUUAAAAAUGUCAAUCUUAUAGGCAAGAUGGAUCCGUAUGUGGUUGUUCACUUAUCGGAUGAACCCAAAAACAAGCAAAAGACUCCGGUGCAUCAAGACGGGGGCACGAAUCCGGCAUGGAAUUACACCAUGAGGUUUACUAUCGACGAUGCUGCUGCGGCGAAACCGGGUAAAUAUGUUGUCUUUACCCUAAAGCAUGAGCAUACCUUUGGUGCUGAUAAAGAUUUAGGGGAAGUCCUUGUACCUAUAAAAGAGUUGUUAGACGGUGUUAAGGAUCCUAGUGGUUCUAAGCUUGUAACUUAUCAGGUUAAAAGGGUUUCAUCUGGGAAGGCACAGGGCGAACUGAAGUUGUCAUACAAGUUCAUUGACAUGGCUAAUAAUAUGGGUACUUAUGGUAAAGGUGAAUAUCAAACUGGUCAAUCAUGCAGCAGCUCGACUUCUUCUGCGCCAUACCCUCCACCAGGAGGGUAUGGUGGAGGGUAUGGCGACGUGUACCCACCACCACACCAUCAUGGAGCUGGAGGGUAUCCUCCUUCGCAGUCGCAGGCACCACCACCAGCAGCUGGGAUCCCAUAUGCUGCACCAGGAGGGUACCCUCCGCAGUCACACGGGACUGGGGUACCGUAUGCAGCAGCACCAGGACAAGCACCACAUGGUUACCCUCAAUAUGGAGGGUACCCUCCCCCUCCUGCUGCAGGGUAUGGGUAUCCACCUAGCGGUGGAUACCCUCCACCUGGUGGGUACCCUCAGCCUGGUGGGUACCCUUCUUAUCCUCCGGCAGGUGGGUAUGCCCAAAAACCACAGAAGCCAAAGAAGAGUGGUGGAAUGGGAGGAUUGGGAAUGGGAUUGGGAGCUGGACUCUUAGGAGGACUUGUUCUUGGAGAAGUGAUGGAUGAUGCUUUUGAUUGUGAUUUCUGAUUGUGAUCCAGUUUUCGAUUUUUAGCUCUGCUGAUUUAUCUUAUAUGGUCUAGUUUUUGAUUUUGGACCUUUUUUUAUGAUUCAGUUCAUUGUUAUUUUAUGUCUUGAUUGUAAAUUAAUUGGCUUGCUGAUUGAUUCAGACUUUGAUAGAAUUAGUUAGUCUGUUUAUCCCUUAAA